AUGUGUAUCGAGGAAUAUCAGUGGUUAGAAACAUUAACGGGUUUGAAGUCUAGUCUACUUCUUUCAUUAUUACCUAUGAAGCAUCCAUCAGAUGGAUAUGAUCGAUGCCGAAAAUUGAUCGUUCCUUUUGGUGAUGUUCAUGCGGAACGAACGUCUUGGCAUGUUCAUCAAACUAUAAUGAUUGAACGAAGAUCCAACAUGAAUUUUGCUGAUCAUUAUUUUGUUUUCAAUUUAAAUGAUCGUUUAGGUAUUCUUCAUUCCUUACCAGAUAAGUAUACAGGAAUGACUGGAAUGGAACGUGCUUUUCAAUUGCUCAAUUCUGCUGGUUGUUACUCUGAUCAGCCUUUUGAUUCACUUUCAUUGAAUAUUCUCUCACAAAUUGCUCAGAUUUCACCAAAAGCCGAUUAUUAUCCUAACAAUCUGACAUGCAUGAUUAAGAUUGAUUGGAACGGCCGAAGUUUACCAUAUGCUCUACAACAUUUCGGGUAUUACUUACGCGUUAAAAAAUUGAUCGAUAUGAGUCAACAAUUUAAUUUUAUGCAUUCAUCAACAAAUUCUGACGAGACAUUAACAUCGACAGAAGACAGAAAACAUAACGUCGAAUUGUUAACAAAGCUCUAUUGGGACUAUCGAGAUUCAUACAAUCCAAUAGCUCGAUUAUCUGACGACAUGGAAGCAGACAUCAUACUCAAGACAUGUUCAUCCGAACAAUAUUGA